AUGUUGGAUGCUGCGAAAUCGAUUUUUGUAUUUCUUUCUUUCAUUCCUCUUUUGCGUUUUAUGUUUCUGGGUACUUUGAAACAUUUAACAGCAUUUAAAACAGUAGCAUUCCCAGUUAAUUUGGUUUCUGUAAUAAUCGAUAAUAUGCUGGUUGGAAAAUGCGGUGGAAAAGUUUGUAAUAUGGGAGAGUAA